GGAACAUCCGCAGCCAAAAGCAGAUCCCAGUCAGCGCGCCCGUCACGUACCCAACUCAAAGUCGCUCCCUCCCUCCCUCUCCCUCUCUCUCUCUCUCUCUCUCUCAUCAGUGAAUCAAAUGGAAGCAGGGAUGGCGACUUCCGACCACCGCCACCUCCACCUCCACCAUCAAAUCCCCAAACCCGUCCUCUUCCCUUCCCCCAGAACCCUCCCGUUGCCCACCACCGGUAACCUCACCUCCAGAAUCCGCUGCUCCGCUCUCCACCCAAAACCCUCUCCUCCUCCUCCUCCUCUCCUUCCGGUCGUCGAGCAAAGAGGCGGGAAAAUGGUGGUGGAAUUGGUCGGCGCCUUCAAUGAGCUAACAGAGAGAAUGGGGGAGAUCUCGACCACAUCCUCCUCUCAAAUUUUGUUCAAAGCUCUGAAAUUGUCGAUACCUGUCCUUCAGUCCUUGCCUUCCGGUGACGAUGGCCGGCCCCCGCUCUCGAGGGCUUUGUCCAUCGCUUUCCUGCUCGCUGAUCUGCAGAUGGAUGCAGAAGUUAUUUCGGCAGGAAUGUUGAGAGAACCAUUGUUGGCCGGUGCUAUAUCCAUGCGUGAAGUAAAAAGCCGGAUUGGCACGGGCACAGCUCAUCUACUGCAUGAGAGCUUGCGGAUAAAGAAUAUCCCAUCUACAGUUGACUCACUGGAUGAUGAAAGUGCAAGCGCAUUGAGAAAAUACUGCCUGACUUACUAUGAUAUCAGGGCUAUAAUUCUAGAGCUUGCGCUCAAACUCGAUGUGAUGAGGAAUCUUGAUUAUCUCCCUAGAUACCGUCAACAGAUGAUUGCUCUUGAAGUUUUGAAGAUAUAUGCACCUCUUGCUCAUGCUGUUGGAGCCGGUGCUUUAUCGCUUGAACUUGAAGAUCUCUCAUUUCGCUACUUGUUUCCCCACUCAUACCUUUAUGUUGACACAUGGUUGAGAAGUCAUGAAACUGGAAGUAAGCCCUUGAUAGAGACUUACAAGGAUCAAUUGCUUCAAGCGUUGGAAACUGAUGAGGAGUUGCAAGAGAUUGUAGAUGACAUCUCAAUUAAAGGUCGAUAUAAAAGUCGUUUCAGUACCAUGAAAAAGUUGUUAAGGGAUGGUCGGAAGCCUGAGGAAGUCAACGAUAUUUUAGGUUUGCGGGUCAUAGUAGACCCUAAACCAGGGCAUGAUAUGACUGAAAGGGGGGAUAGAGCAUGUUAUCGAAUUCGUGAAGUUAUACAGGGUUUGUGGAAAGAAGUUUCUAGAAGGACAAAAGACUAUAUUGCCAAACCAAAAGCAAAUGGUUAUAGAAGUUUACAUGUUGCUGUUGAUGUUAGUGAACCGGGGAAGACAAGGCCGCUGAUGGAAAUACAGAUAAGGACAACGGAGAUGGACAUGUUGGCUGAUGCUGGAGCUGCUUCACAUUCAUUGUACAAGGGUGGUCUUACUGAUCCUGGGGAGGCAAAACGUCUAAAGACCAUAAUGCUAGCUGCAGCUGAACUCACUGCCCUACGUCUUAGAGAUAUGCCUUCUGCAAACCAUAAGGGAAGACUUGAGAUUGACCAAAAAAACCGAGUAUUUCGCUUUCUUGAUAAAAAUGGUGAUGGGAGAAUUAGCAUUGAAGAACUUACAGAAGUGAUGGAAGAGCUUGGAGCAGGGGGCAAGGAUGCACAGGAGCUUAUGCAACUUCUUGAUGCAAAUAGUGAUGGAUCUUUGAGCUCUGACGAGUUCAGUUUGCUUCAAAGACAGGUUGAAUUUAUGAGAAACAUGGAAGACACAGAUGAUCAGUACAGAACCAUGUUGGGUGAAAAGCUUCAGAUGACUGACAGUAACGGGUUGAUUCAGGUUUAUCGUAAGAAGUUGGGUGACAAAUUAGCCUUAAGCUAAAUCUGUAGCAAAUUUAUUUGCACGGCAGAUCACCGCUGGAUCAAAUCUUUCAGUGCACUGUGCAUAAUAUAAUUUCUAAUCUAUGCUGAUGUAUAGUACUCCUGAAUUGUGCUUCAGAAUUUAGUAAUGUCAUUAUAUAGUUGUCGUACGUGAUUUUCUUACUAAAGCAUAUAUUCCUUUUAUGCAGAAAAUUGAGCCUGUAUGCUCUCAAUAAAGAUGUAAGGUCCCUUUAAUUUUUAUAUGAAUUGUGUAUGGAAAUGUAUGAGUGCAGUUCUUUUAAAACUGACCGUCAACGAAUUCUUCUUGGUCUCC